AUGGAGGUGGAAACCAAGAAACCGUUUGUCCUUCGGAUUCUGAGGAUACUGUGGACAAAUCAAGGGGCACAUUUUACAGAACUGCGUGGUGGAGCAGAAGGGAUUCUUUCAGAAGCCUGCCGGAAAGGAGCAAUGGAGAACCAAGGGGGAAGCUGUCUGCAGACAAGUGUGGUCGAGGAGAUGCUGAGUGGGACCUUGGUAGGCAAUCUGGUAAAGGACCUGGGGCUAGAGGUGGGUGAACUGUCUUCCCGGGGGGCUCAAGUGGUCUCUAAAGAUAACAAACUGCCUUUGCAAUUGCACAUAAAUACAGGGGAUUUGCUCCUAAGCGAACCGCUGGACAGGGAGGAGCUGUGUGGCUCCAAUGAGCCCUGCGUGCUGCAUUUUCAGGUGUUAAUGAAAAACCCCUUGCAGAUUUUGCAAGUUGAGCUUCAGGUCAGGGAUAUCAAUGACAACUCCCCCGUAUUCUUGGAAAAAGAAAUGGUUCUAGAAAUCCCAGAGAAUAGCCCUGUUGGUGCUGUGUUCUUACUAGAAAGUGCGACAGAUUUAGAUGUAGGAACCAACGCCGUGAAAAAUUAUGUGAUAAGCCAGAGCUCCCAUUUUCACAUUACGAUAAGAGUUAAUCCUGAUGGCAGGAAAUACCCAGAGUUAGUUUUGGACAAGGCACUGGAUUACGAGGAGGAGCGGGAGCUCAGUCUCAUUCUCACUGCCUUGGAUGGUGGAAUUCCACCCAAGUCUGGGACUGCCUUGGUUCGGGUGGAAGUCAUAGAUAUUAAUGACAACUCGCCCGAGUUUGAGCACAUGUUCUACGAAGUGAAGAUUCCAGAGAAUAGCAUUCUUGGCUCACUGGUUAUCACUGCAUCGGCUUGGGAUUUAGACUCGGGAAUUAAUGGUGAAGUAUCCUAUACCUUUUCUCAUGCAUCAGAGGAUAUUCAAAAGACAUUUGCAAUUAAUAAAAACUCUGGAGAAAUACGUUUAAUAGAAUAUUUGGACUUUGAAACAACUGAAUCCUACUCAAUAAUCGUUAAAGCUACAGAUCGGGGAGGACUUUUUGGGAAAUCUACAGUAAGAAUUCAAGUGAUAGAUGUGAAUGACAAUUCUCCUGAGAUUGCUGUGUCAUCAUUUAUCAGUCCAGUCCCAGAAAAUUCCCCGGAUACUUUAGUUAUGAUUUUUAGUAUCCAAGACAAGGACUCAGGAGAGAACAGCAGGAUGGUCUGUUCUAUUCCAGAGGACCUCCCGUUUGUGCUAAAAUCUUCGAUUGAAAAUUACUACCACUUAGAAACGGAGGGAGCACUGGACAGAGAGAGCAGAGCUGAGUACAACAUCACCAUCACAGUCACCGACAUGGGCACACCCAGGCUCACAACCCAGCACACCAUAACAGUGCAGGUGUCCGAUGUCAACGACAACGCCCCCUCCUUCACACAAACCUCCUACACCCUGUUUGUCCAGGAGAACAACAGCCCCGCCCUGCACAUAGGCACCAUCAGCGCCACAGACUCAGACUCAGGCUCCAAUGCCCACAUCACCUACUCGCUGCUGCCCACCCACGACCCUCAGCUGGCCCUCUCCUCGCUCAUCUCCAUCAAUGCAGACAACGGGCAGCUGUUCGCGCUCAGGGCGCUGGACUAUGAGGCCCUGCAGACCUUCGAGUUCCGCCACAGGCUGCUGGUGGCGGUCAAGGACAAUGGCGAUCCUCCUAGGUCUGCCAGUGUCACUCUGCAUGUGCUGGUGGUGGAUGGCUUCUCUCAGACCUAA